AUGAGAUCAUCAUCAAGUUUUUUGUUUGAAAUGAAAAAAAAAAUUGACUUUAAAAUCACACUAAAUCACCACCGCAUUCAAUUCAACAAUGUUCAAUGUUGCGGUGUAGAAGAAGAAACAAACAAAAAAGUGAUGCUUUCAAAACUUCAAAGUACAUCGUUAGAUACGAAAUUAAUUUCUAUCGAUUGGUUAUCAAUGAUUUAUAUGCUCACUUAUAUUCCAUUAAUAUUCCCGAUGAAUUGGAUAUUGAAUAAAUGGGGCCUACGUGUCACUUUACUAGUUGCUUCAUUAUUGAAUGCAAUCGGUGGUUGUAUUAAAUGUGUCGCUGGUCUAGUUACUUAUGAAACAACAUUUGGACUAACUAAUCCUCAACCUAUACCAUGGACGCAUAAAUUUGGUUUUCCUAUAUUGAUGACAGGACAAACUAUAUGUGGUAUAGCUCAAACUGGUCUAUUAGGUAUACCGGCACAUUUAGCAGCAGUUUGGUUUGGAGCAAAUGAAGUAUCAACAGCUACUGCACUUGGUGUAUUUGGGAAUCAACUUGGUGUUGCAUUUGGCUUUUUAAUACCACCAUUAAUAUUGCCACCGAUACCGUAUAGUGUCAGUGCAACUGAUAAACUUGAUCCAUCUGUUGAUCCGAAUGAAUUAUUCAGCAGGAUAAAACAUUAUAUGAUGAUCAUGUUAUAUUUUAGUGCAGCAUUAAAUAUUCUACCAUUUGUAUGUGUAUUAUUUGGUUUUCGUGCUAAACCAAAAACAGAACCAAGUUUAGCACAACAUAAACGAACGGGUAAUAAUAAUAAUACAAUGAGAAAGCGUCCACUAACUCUAACUGAUCGAUUAUCCAUUGUUCAUCAAUCUGCCAAUGGUAUUCAUUCAGUGGUCAAUAACAAUCCUGCUACAACUAUUACUAUGAUGAAUAACAAUAAUCAUGAGAACAGUAAUAACAUGGAUAAAGAGCUCAAUGCCAAUCAAUUCAUUUCAACAAAACCGACAACAUCAAACAAUGAAAUGAUGACUGAUGAUUCAAUCAUGGCGAAUAAUUUCAUUGUCCAUGUUGGCGGUGACGAUGCUGUUGUUGAUGGUGAGAAUGUUGUUGAUGAUGAUCGUGAGGAUGGGGACGAUGACGGUGUGAAUAAUCAUAAAAACACUAUUGACAAUCAUUCUUAUCAAUCAUUACGCAGUAGUAAUAAUAAUAAUAUAAAUAGAAAUGAGAAUAUUACAGCUGCAUUGAAACGUUUAUUUAAAAAUAUACCAUUUGUAUUAUUAUUUAUAAGUUAUGGUAUACUAACUGGUGUCUAUUAUGCUGUUGGUACAUUGUUAAAUAUUAUUCUACUAGGAUAUUUUCCAGUGAGUUGUCAAUUAGUAUUAUAUAUUCAUAUUAUUAUUAAACAAAGAAGCGCCUAA